UCUGCAAUUUGUUACCCAAACUCCCGCUCAUUUCCUCAUACAACGUCUCUGCAACCCUAACCCUAAGUUUCAACUACCCUUUGCAAGCUUAACCCUAAAUUUCUCAACCACCCUCUGCAACCCUACCCUAAAUUCCAAUCCCUCUCUAAAGCCCAUCCCUAAAUAUGGAAAGGUUUCCAAAUUCUGUGGACCUACAUGCCCUAUUAGGGCAUUUGAAGAACUAUCAACGGAAAAAAUCGAAAUUGGAUAAUAAGAAAGAUAUUAUUCUAAAGAUGAUGGAGUCGGUCAAUGGCCAGGUGAGGGUCAAGACAGAAGAUCAUAUCAAAGCCCUAGCUGCUGUUAGAGAUUGGACCGGCAAAGACGUACAGGCCGUUAUUUCUGCCAUGCUCGAUGAAGAAUCGAAGAAAACCCUUAUCAAAGCUGCUGAAGUUGCCGAUAUUCCAUGGGUUUACCAUCCGAAGAUGAUUCGUUACUGUGAAGAUGAUCCCACCUGGGAGGAAGUAUGUGUUUCUUUUUUGGUAGAACCUCUGAUGAUGCAUAAAACCAAGAAAAAGAACCUUGGCUUCCUGGAUGAAAGAAUCUGCAGUCUCAACGAGAGAUUGAGGAAACUAGAAAAGAAGAAGAAAAGAGGAUUGAAUGAAAAGCUUGUUCUUGAAGAAGAGUUGAGGAUUGCAAAAGCCAACCAGGAGGAGAUUCUUGCCCUGGAAGCCUCAAUCCGAUCACAAAUGGAGGAUUUAACAGCCUCUGUGGUGGUCAAUUCAGAGGAAGAAGUUGGGGUUGUGGAAGCAGUGAAGAUAUGGCUGGACAAGGAAUUGGAGAUUUUGAUCUCUAUCACUCAUGGUGACUCUCUUCAGGACAGUCUGAUUAGUGCUGCUAACAAAGCUAACAUCCCUUGGAUCUUUUAUGAUAUAUUGGCUAAAGAGCGCCUUUCCAAAGUCCGACCCCGCAUUCUCACUAUCCAUUAUUGAGAAGAUUUCUGGUGAUGUGUGUAAAAUGAUUAUUUUGUUUGGCACAGCAAUCUUUACAACACUAGUUCUGUGAGUUUUUCAGAUGAUACCUGCAUGCGGAGUUUUAGUUAGAAGAUAUGGUGAGCAGUAUUUUAGGUUCCUGCUUUUCACAAAGUAGAAGCUAAAUUUGGAGCAUAAAAAAU